AACCCUAGUAAAACGCCAUAGCUUAAAGAACAGAGUCAGGUUCGUAAACAAUCCAUUCACACAACCAAAACUAAGCCUUGAUUGCUGACCGCCGGUAGCCAAUCCUCACUCCGCCAUCAUGGGCCGCAUGCACAGUCGCGGUAAGGGUAUUUCAGCUUCGGCUCUUCCUUACAAAAGAACUCCUCCCAGUUGGCUGAAGAUCUCCGCUCCUGAUGUUGAGGAUAACAUUUGCAAGUUUGCCAAAAAAGGAUUGACUCCUUCACAGAUUGGUGUGAUUCUUCGUGACUCACACGGUAUUGCACAAGUCAAGAGUGUCACUGGCAGCAAGAUCUUGCGUAUUCUCAAAGCUCACGGGCUUGCUCCUGAGAUACCAGAGGAUCUGUACCACCUGAUUAAGAAGGCAGUUGCUAUUAGGAAGCAUUUGGAGAGGAACAGAAAGGAUAAGGAUUCCAAGUUCCGCUUGAUUUUGGUGGAGAGCAGGAUCCAUCGUCUUGCUCGCUAUUACAAGAAAACAAAGAAGCUCCCACCUGUCUGGAAAUACGAAUCAACCACUGCCAGCACACUUGUGGCUUAGGGGGUGAGACUUGAGCCGGAGUAGUUUUGGCUGAUGGCAAUAUGUUGUUUUCUCGGGUCAUGAAUUACUUGUUAAAUCCAAUUUUGUUUGAUUUAGUCAUGCUACUCAAUGGAAAUUAGUUUUCUGGAUAGUACUUGAUCCAAUUUUUACAAAGUAUUAAUCAUAGAUGCUUUUAUUUUGAUAUGAAUCACUUGUUUCUCAACCUCUUGGGCUAAAAGAAUGUUUCAAUGUUCA